GCUCAAAUUGCUCAUCGACGACCCAAGAGCUUUGCCUCCGGUGGUGCAUUUCGUCUCCGGCACUCCACGAUGCAGACAACAACGGGUCCAACUACCAGAUCACGGUCACAGCAUGGACGACCUCCGCCUAGCAACUUACUAAGGUCGAGCAAGCGGGCGUCCAAAGGUGAAGUGAUUAUGGAAGAUCGGACCAGAAAUUUCAAUGAGAUAAGGGACCAAUCGGAGAGUACGAUGAUCAAAAGCUCGACAUCCAGUUCUGUGGCAAACGUACCCAACACUGACUAUCCUCGAGAUUGGCUCAUCGAGGCAGUCAAUAUAAUAAACACACUAGCUAAAGAGAUGGCUUUGCCUACACGUGCGCACCUUAAAGCGUGUGAAGCCUUGAUGGGGAAGAUGGGGAAGAAUGUGGCGAAGGUGUUCGUCCACAUGACCGAUGCUUGUCGGAAAGACUGGCUGAUGGAUUUCCUUUCUCCCAACUUCGAUUGAUAUAGUUGACUGUGUUUAUGUGGGAAAUUCACUAGACUCUUGGAUAUUUAAGCUUAUAUUUAUGCCUGGACCUAUCAAAUGUUUUUG